AUGAUGACAGAAAAAAUAACAAUACUGCCAUUUAUUGAAGCUACUACUACUACUACUACUACUACUACUACUACUACUACUACUACUACUACUACUACUACUACUACUACUACUACUACUACUACUACUACUACUACUACUACUACUACUACUACUACUACUACUACUACUACUACUACUACUACUACUACUACUACUACUACUACUACUACUACUACUACUACUACUACUACUACUACUACUACUACUACUACUACUACUACUACUACUACUACUACUACUACUACUACUACUACUACUACUACUACUACUACUACUACUACUACUACUACUACUACUACUACUACUACUACUACUACUACUACUACUACUACUACUACUACUACUACUACUACUACUACUACUACUACUACUACUACUACUACUACUACUACUACUACUACUACUACUACUACUACUACUACUACUACUACUACUACUACUACUACUACUACUACUACUACUACUACUACUACUACUACUACUACUACUACUACUACUACUACUACUACUACUACUACUACUACUACUACUACUACUACUACUACUACUACUACUACUACUACUACUACUACUACUACUACUACUACUACUACUACUACUACUACUACUACUACUACUACUACUACUACUACUACUACUACUACUACUACUACUACUACUACUACUACUACUACUACUACUACUACUACUACUACUACUACUACUACUACUACUACUACUACUACUACUACUACUACUACUACUACUACUACUACUACUACUACUACUACUACUACUACUACUACUACUACUACUACUACUACUACUACUACUACUACUACUACUACUACUACUACUACUACUACUACUACUACUACUACUACUACUACUACUACUACUACUACUACUACUACUACUACUACUACUACUACUACUACUACUACUACUACUACUACUACUACUACUACUACUACUACUACUACUACUACUACUACUACUACUACUACUACUACUACUACUACUACUACUACUACUACUACUACUACUACUACUACUACUACUACUACUACUACUACUACUACUACUACUACUACUACUACUACUACUACUACUACUACUACUACUACUACUACUACUACUACUACUACUACUACUACUACUACUACUACUACUACUACUACUACUACUACUACUACUACUACUACUACUACUACUACUACUACUACUACUACUACUACUACUACUACUACUACUACUACUACUACUACUACUACUACUACUACUACUACUACUACUACUACUACUACUACUACUACUACUACUACUAUUCAAAUAACGUAG